AUGGAGGAGGAGAAACGCAUCUCCGUGCAGGCUGACGGUCUUAAGAGGAUAGCUUUCCUCGGAGUAACCGUUUCCACGGUGGCCGUCGUUGUCUGCGUUUUGGGUGUUCCACUGAUGUACUCGCACAUUCAACGCCUUCACACCCAAAUGCAACACGAGGUCGAUUUCUGCCGUUCGCGAUCUGGAUCCGUUUUCAAGCAGCUCGCCAAGGCUAAUGUCUUGAUCCAAGUUGAGCACGGUAUCCGCGAGAAGCGUUCCAUCGCUCGUCGCCAAGCUGGUGGUGGAUGCUGUGGCUGUGGAGUGUCCGCUGCGGGACCACCAGGACCCCCAGGACCCGACGGACCACCCGGACAAGAUGGACACCAAGGACCACCUGGAAAGAACGGACCCGAUGCCCCACCAGCACCACCACCAGUUCAACACCAAAACAACUGCGCCAACUCUUGUCAGCCAGGACCUGCUGGAAACGCGGGACGUGCUGGACCCAAGGGACCUAACGGAGCUCCCGGAGGAGCUGGACAUCCUGGAAACUCUGGAGCCCCUGGAGCCCAAGGACCACCUGGACCCGCUGGACAGCCUGGACCAAACGGUCAAGCCGGACACCCUGGAGGCCCUGGAGCUCCCGGAAAGCUCACUCAUGCUCCUGGCCGACCAGGACCACCAGGACCAGCUGGACCUCCCGGACCACCUGGACCCAAUGGACAUGAUGGACAACCUGGAUCACCUGGAGGUAAGGGACCUCGAGGACCUGCUGGAGAUAAUGGAGGACCUGGACAAAAGGGACAAGAUGGACAGCCUGGCGCGCGCGGAGAUGAUGGACAUGAUGGGCAGACUGGAAGCUGCGACCAUUGCCCUCCACCAAGAACCGCUCCUGGAUAU